UCUGUGUGACAGGCUAGCAUCAGAAAAACAUCUCCGGACAGACGCGUCUGCGCACUGAUAUCGGCUGCCAGCGACGGCGGGGCGAGGAAUAAGGAUGGGGUCCCGAAUAAAGGAGAGCCCAGAGUCCACGUUUGAGGCGUAUCUGGAGGUUUCCCAUCCAGGCACACACAGCUCCAAGCCGGAGGUGCGGAGGCAGUUCCCUGAAGACUACACAGACCAGGAAACUCUUCAGACUGUGCCCAAGUUCUGUUUCCCCUUCAGCAUGGACAGCCUGACAGUCAACCAGGUCGGACAGAACUUCACUUUUGUCUUGACUGACAUUGAGAGCAAACAGAGAUUUGGCUUCUGUCGCCUGUCCUCAGGUGCACACACCUGCUACUGCAUUCUCAGCUACCUGCCCUGGUUUGAAGUCUUCUACAAGCUGCUUAAUAUCCUGGCAGAUUACACUAUCAAAGGCCAGGAAAGCCAGUGGCAGGAGCUCCUGUUAUCACUACAUGAACUCCCCAUCCCUGAGCCGGGGGUCCCGGUUCAUCUUGGUGUGCAUUCCUUCUUCACUGUGCCUGACACGAGGGAACUCCCCAGCAUACCUGAGAACAGAAACCUAACAGAGUACUUUGUAGCAGUAGAUGUCAAUAACAUGCUUCAUCUGUACGCUAGUAUGCUUUAUGAACGUCGAAUCCUCAUCUGCUGUAGCAAACUAAGCACUUUAACAGCUUGUGUCCAUGGGUCUGCAGCCAUGUUGUAUCCAAUGCACUGGCAACAUGUUUACAUUCCUGUCCUGCCUCAGCAUCUGUUAGACUACUGCUGUGCCCCAAUGCCCUACCUCAUCGGAGUACAUUCCAGCCUGAUGGAGAAAGUCCGAGGGAUGGCUCUGGAUGAUGUGGUUGUCCUGAAUGUGGACACAAACACCCUGGAAACCCCCUUCGACGACCUCCAGAGCCUGCCCAACGAUGUGGUGUCGUCUUUAAAAAGUCGUCUGAAGAAGGUUUCCACGACAACGGGGGACGGCGUAGCUCGAGCCUUCCUCAAGAGUCAGGCGGCUCUGUUCGGCAGCUACAGGAACGCUCUGCAGAUAGAGUCGGGAGAGCCGAUAACAUUUAAUGAAGAAACCUUUGUGAAUCAUCGCUCCAGUGCCAUGAGACAGUUCCUGCAGAACGCCAUUCAGCUGCAGCUCUUCAAACAGUUCAUUGACGGCCGUCUGGACCUGCUGAACUCAGGGGAAGGUUUCAGUGACAUCUUCGAGGAGGAGAUCAACAUGAGUGAAUACGCAGGCAGUGACAAGACCUACCACCAGUGGCUGUUCACUGUGAAGAAAGGGGGCGGGGCUAUCUUCAACACAGUGAAGACCAAGGCGAACCCGGCCAUGAAGACCGUUUACAAGUUUGCUAAGGAUCACGCUAAGAUGCGUAUAAAGGAAGUGAAGAGCCGCUUGAAGCAGAAGGAGCAGGCGGAAAACGGCCUCUCUACCGGAGGAUCCGCAGUCAUCGAUGAUGACGGCUCAGCGGGCGUUACCUCCUCCACCGGUGCAGUCAGGAGGGAGGGGCCACUGCACACCUGGGAUGACCACAGGCCAAUCACCGUGCACUUUGGACAGGUUGGCAGAAAUGAUCCUGAAAUGGCGCGGCCCCCCAUGUUGUUGAAGAGACCGAGCAGCAAUGUGAGUCUGGAAAGCAGCGUUGACCACUCUAUCCGUCCCACUCGUCACUACACAGUCUUUCUCUCGGAGGAUUCGUCCGGAGACGAGCUCCAGUACGACGAUGACUCCAUCUCUGGGUUUCCUGACAGCUUUCUCUUCUCCGUCCCUUUUGAGUGGUCGCCUCUGCCACAGCCGUACCGCUCCCUGAAGGAGGUGGAGUUGAUAGAAGGGGAUGAUCCUGGUUUUGGGGCAGAGAGUCACACUGCCCCUCCCAGCCCAGUCAACGAAAAGUUCUCCAACAUCAACCUGCUUGGCGAUAUCUUUGGCUGCCACGACGAGCCGGACAGCCAGCCGAUGACCUUGGCUAAAAGCCUCGAGGACCUGAGGACCCCCAAAGACCCUGGGGAGCUACAAGCCAAGUUUACCUACCAGCGGAUGGACCUGAGUGUCGGCGAACACUCGCGAACGCUGCCGGGCCUCAAGCUCUCCAACCCUUACAACAAGCUGUGGAGCGUAGGCCAGGAUGAAACGGCCUUGCCUGUUUGUGCGCCCCCUCCCUGUGACAGACCUCCGUCUGUCCAACUUCCUGUGCAGCCAGAAGCCCACUCCCCAAGCUGUGAAAUCUCUGGCCUGGGCCCCGACCCUCUGGAGCCCUCCACCCCCGGCAACAUCACCAUUCCACGUCCACACGGAAGAAAGACGCCGGAGCUUGGUACGGUCCUCGCGCCACCGGUGGCCCAGUCACGCUCUAAAGCAGCAGGAGCCAGUGAGGGAAGGACUACAUUAGGGGGGCAAGAGUUCAGGCAAGCGCUGAGCAUGACUACAGAUGAAGACCUGCUGAAGCCCAGCAGGGACAGUAUAGAUCUGAUUAGCCUUCUAGACCCCCUCAACAGCUCAGCACAGACCAGCUCCACUUCACUACAUGACGGGGUAGAUAUUGGUAUGUCGUCCUCUUCCUGCAAACCAACGCUACCCCCCAGGUCGUACCCACAGGGCUUGCCUCCUUACCCAGUGCACCCUCACAUAUCACUCAACCCCUUUGCCCAGGUUCUGCAGCACACCUCCUCUCACAUGCACUACUCACCGACUGUCAGUGGGAACCCCUUCAGUGCAGUCUGUGGGCCCCCACCAGGCUCCUACCUACACACUCCACAGCAGCCACAGUCCUUCUCCACACUACCAGGGCUCUACAGACAGCAUUCACCGGGCAGUUCCACCCUGCCGCCCAGCUACGGACUGCUCCAGUCGACCUUCCCCUCCUCCGUCACCUCCCUGCCUCCCUCCUCUGCUAGCAAUCACGCCCUUUCCAGCCUGGCAGACUCCAUGUCUGCCCCCCCCACAGCUAUGAACCCUCUGGCAAAGCCGCUUCGUGCUGAGGGCGACAGCCAGAAGACUCAGGAUCCCUUCGGGGACCUGCUGACUAUGGCCAAGCCCGCUACACCACAGAAAAAGAAGGUGGAGGACCUUCGGAGGAGGUGGGAGACAUUUGACUAAAACCUGUGAAUAUGUGUUGAGGUGCUCGUCUCUGUCACUACGCAAACUUCCCUUACUACUGUAUCAGGACCUUCCGUUGCAGUUACUGACACAUUAGCUCUGACACACUCUGAGUUUGUUUUGUAAGAUUAAAACAUCUGUGGGUUCUGUUUUACUUCAGGUUAUGUAUCAGCAAAGUUUUGAUCAUGGAUUGGAAAGCAGUGAAUACCAGAGUUAGUAAAUAUGGUAAAACAUUAGCUAAUUAAGAUUAAAUUGUUUCCCUUACACGCUACCAGCAACAUUACAGGUGCUUUCAGGCAGUAAACAGCUGCUGAAUUAGGCAGCAGUGGCAGGUAGAGCCUGAAUGUACGGUCCUACUGAUACUCACCGUGUCACCAUGGCAACCAGAGAAGCCAUGCAAAGAAAGAUUAUGUUGGAGGAUCUGAGUUCCCGGAAUCGUACACCCCCUCAGCAGCAGCGAUCAUGGUUAAUGUUAAUGGUGUAAUAUGGCUCACCAUUUCCUCUACAUUA